AUGUCACCAACCAGAGUCCUCGACUACCCAGCUCUAGCUGCCAAAGCCAUCGCAGCGCGAGACGAAACCAUCCCAAGCGAUUAUCUCCUCCCCAAGUCUGCCUACCCACUUCCCAAAAAUCGAACCUCCUUGAUCACCUCGAGUGGUCUUAUUUCGCCUGAAGAACUAGAGAUCAUCAACCUCUCAGCAUCCAAAUUGAGAGAUGCUCUUGCCUCUCGGGAAUAUACUUCGGUCGAAGCUACCACGGCAUACUGCAAAGCGGCAGCAAUCGCCCAGCAAGCUACAAACUGUCUCACCGAGAUGUUCAUGGCUGAAGCGCUUGAACGGGCUAAAUGGCUGGACGAGCAUUUAGAGAAGACAGGGGAAACAGUUGGACCAUUACAUGGGCUACCGAUUUCUAUCAAGGAUCACAUGGACAUCAAAGGACACGAUUCUCCCUCUGGAUUCCUAGAUAUGGUCGGACAUACCCUCGCUGAGAAAGAUGCUCACCUCGUUUCUGUUUUGAGAGAAGCUGGAGCUGUAUUUUACGUCAAAACGACCCAACCGCAAACCAUUAUGCACCUCGAAACAAGUUGUUAUCUCGGUACCACCACCAAUCCUUAUAACCCCCAGCUCACCUCUGGUGGGUCAAGUGGCGGUGAGGGAGCUCUGAUCGGAAUGAAAGGUUCUUGUUUAGGUGUUGGCACUGAUAUCGGCGGAUCGAUUAGAGCGCCCGCCGCUGCCUGUGGUAUUUACGGAUUCAAACCUUCCAUCUACCGUGUCCCAGCUGGUGGAUGUCAGAUGCCAAUGUGCCCAGCAGGGUACGAAGGUAUCAUCUGUACGCAUGGUCCCAUGGCGAGAUCUGUAGAAGAUAUUAAACUUUAUAUGGAAGUGAUGGUAGGGUCUGAGCCAUGGCUUAGAGAUCCAAACGUCCAAGUGAAACCUUGA